AUGGCAACUAGUACAACAGCAGGAACACCUGCCGCUCCUGAUCCAUCAAUCGUUGGAAAGAAGCCCGAUCAAAGCAGUGGAUCAUACGAAUUAUCCUAUUUGAAAGGCUUAGUCGCACAAUUACAACAAAAGAUUGGUGAAUUGGAAAAGAAUGCAUCUUCUGCCGUUUCAUCUUUAUCACCUACCGGUCAAACACAAGGCGUUCGUAUGAUCUUGAUCGGUCCACCAGGCGCAGGUAAAGGUACUCAAGCUCCAAGAAUUUUGGAAAAGUUUAAUAAUUGCAUGUGUCAUUUGGCAACAGGUGAUAUGUUACGUGAACAAGUUUCUCAAGGUACAGAAUUGGGUAAACAAGCCAAGAAAAUCAUGGACCAAGGUGGUUUGGUUAGCGAUGAGAUCAUGAUUGGUAUGAUUAAAGAUCAAUUGGAAUCCAACAAGAAGUGCAGUGGAGGAUUCAUCCUUGAUGGUUUCCCACGUACUACUCCUCAAGCUGAAAAGUUGGACGAUAUGUUAAAGAGCAAGAACCAAAAAUUAGACCAUGCCGUCGAAUUAAAGAUUAACGAUCAAUUAUUGAUCUCACGUAUUACCGGUCGUUUGAUUCAUCCUGGCAGUGGACGUAGUUACCAUAAAGAAUUCAGUCCACCAAAGAAGCCAAUGAAGGAUGACAUUACCGGAGAACCACUCAUCCAACGAUCGGACGAUAACGCAGAAACACUCAAAAAGCGUCUUUCAACGUAUCAUGCUCAAACAGCCGCUGUGACCGAUUACUACCGCAAACAAGGAAUUUGGUCGCCUGUUGAUGCAUCUCAAGCUCCAGAUAUCGUCUGGAAAUCCAUUGGGGCCAUCUUUGCCAAAUCUAGUUAA